AUGGCCAAAACAAAAAUCACGCAAAAACUCAGCAGUACCUACGGCUCUGAAAGACGUAUAUCCGUAAUUUCGAAAUCGGCAUCGAUUAACAGUAACGGUGUAGUUAACGGCGGUGACCUUGAUCGAGAAAAUUUAUCAAGAAUGAAGGCACAAACUGAAGCUGCUGCAGAUGUUUUUGAACAAGCAGCAAAUAAUUGGAAAAAAGCCAACCAACAGAUACUCUCAUGGCAGCGCGUAAUGUCUGAUGAACAUCCUAUAUUUAAGAUGCGCACUCCGAUGCAUAAUACGUCACGUAAUCAUGACUCAGAGGUUUCAAGCGAAGAAGCUCUAUCUGAACCGGAAGAUGGCGAGGAUGAAGUCUCCCAAAUGAAUGUUAAUGGUGAUAGCGAAACUGAUGAUAGCGAAGAUGAUGAAGAAGGUGAAACAUUUCUAGAUCCACCUAAGUCAAAAAAGAAUAACGUAACCAAGAAAAACAAAGGAAAGAGUCGGGAUUUGGGAACAAAUAAAUCCUCACCUCAUAAAAAUCUGAACCACAAUAAGAGUCGCAAACGAAUCGGAUUACAGAAUGUUCUUCCGAAGCAAUCAAAGAAACCGAAAUAUAAGAACGACGCGACAGCCCCUGACGCCGAAAAAACUGAGGAUUCGGAAAUAUUCGAUUCUUUACCCGAGCUCAAGACACCAAGGGUUCCAAAGAAUGCGUAUUUGUAUUUCGUGUCCCAGCGAUUUGCAGAUGUGAAAGUAGGAUUUCCGCAUCUUAAAAUGGGUGAAGUUAAUGCAAAAGUAGCAGAGAUAUGGAAAAAUUUAUCAGAAGAGGAGAAAGAGAGUAUCGUAGUGGAAUUCCAGGCGCAGCAAAAGAAAUACGGUGUUAAUGGAAUAGUGAAACCUUCAACGCCAAAGACAUCACGUAAUGUGUCGACUCCUGAAUCUUCAAAAUCAGCUGUUGCCUCCUAUGCGUCAUCAAAACUCUCAACCCCGACUCGCUCAUCAAAAAAACCCAAUUCUACCUUAAAGAAAAUCGAAUCAAAUUCACAAAAACUUUCAUUCGAUUCAUUGAGUGCGUCAACAUCGUCACCACCUUCCUCUGCUGUCUCUACUCCGACUAAACCAAAGACUCCCUCUGUUGACGAUAAGAGAAAUCAUCAUAAAGAAUCGAUUAAAGGAAAUAAUGUUGCUAUUACUCCUGAUCGAAAUUCAUCACCAUUACCAUCACCUCUUGACACAAGCUUCGAUAGCCAAAAAGGUUUUUAUGAGGAAGAAGUACCCUGGGUUUUGCCUAUCGUUGGGACUCCUACGUCAUUUGGUUUGAGUCCAUUUCGUAGACGAAAAAUUCGAAAAAGCAUCAGCAGCAACAGUAGUAGGAUUAGUGAUGAUUAUUAUCAUGAUCAAUAA